UCUCUCUCUCUCUCUCUCUCUCUCUCUCUCUCUCCCUUUUUGCUGAACCUUUUGUUGGACACUUUGCCAAUGCUGGGCAAUGUUUUGCUGCUCUGUUUUUUUGUAUUUUUCAUAUUUGGAAUAGUUGGAGUCCAGCUCUGGGCAGGUCUAUUAAGAAAUCGAUGUGUAAUCAAUCUACCAAAAACUAUAUCAGAGAAUCAGAGCGCACUGUUCAAUGAUGUAAAGCUGACUAGGUUCUAUAUUCCCGAGGAUACCUCACUAGAGUACAUAUGUAGUCAAACAGAUGCAAACGGGUUGCACACGUGCUCCAAUCUGCCUCCAUAUACAGUGGAUGGAGUGAAGUGCAAUUUAACUAUAAAUGACUAUGAUCGAGUCAGUGAUAAAGCGUGUAUUAAUUGGAAUAUCUACUACAACGAGUGCCAGGUUAUGCAACGGAACCCAUUUCAAGGCUCAGUAUCAUUUGAUAAUAUUGGAUUCGCAUGGGUAGCGAUCUUUCUUGUUAUAUCGCUGGAAGGCUGGACAGAUAUCAUGUACUAUGUACAAGAUGCUCACUCUUUUUGGAACUGGAUAUAUUUUGUGUUACUAAUAGUUAUAGGUGCUUUCUUCAUGAUCAAUCUGUGCCUCGUCGUAAUCGCAACUCAGUUUGCCGAAACUAAACGAAGAGAGACUGAGCGCAUGUUACAAGAGCGGAAGCGACUACAAAGUCGCAGUCCCGACUCGAUCUCUGGCAGUGGAAGUGAGCUCGGCGGCACUUCGUCGAAAGAGGAUGGCGGCGAUACCGUUUAUGCGGCAAUUGUGCGAUUUAUAGGGCACACGUUUAGAAGGACCAAACGCCAUGUCAAAAGGAAAUUCAACGCAUACAUGCAACAAAGGAGGGAGAAGAAGAAUACCGAGGCAAAAAAACGCAGGAAGUCAAAAUUGGAUGACAUGGCAACAUUAUCGCGAAUCGAGGAACACACCGACGAGGAAGAAGAAGUUGACGCAACGAUUGAAGAUGCAGUGGUAACGAAACGGCCACGGAAGGUCACCAUUGAUGAUGAACAAGACAAAAUUGGUAAUGGCAGCGCUGCAGGUUGGCUCCUCUCAAAUUUGAAAAAGCAAUCGCGUCCGCUGUCGAAAUGGCGUUGGUUUCGUGAAAGAGUCCGGCAUUUCGUGGUUUGCGACCAUUUUACCCGCGGAAUCUUAGUUGCCAUCCUCGUCAAUACGCUGAGCAUGGGUGUCGAGUACCAUCAGCAGCCUGAAUUCCUUACGAAGAUCUUGGAAUGGUCAAAUCUAUUCUUUACGGGCCUUUUUGCAUUUGAAAUGUUUUUGAAAAUCUUUGCUGAUGGUUUAUUCGGUUACUUGUCCGAUGGAUUCAAUCUAUUUGAUGGCGGCAUCGUGGCUCUUAGCGUUUUGGAGCUAUUUCAAGAAGGAAAGGGUGGUCUGUCGGUGCUGCGCACCUUUCGACUGCUGCGAAUCCUGAAGCUGGUGCGCUUCAUGCCAGCUCUACGGUACCAGCUGGUUGUCAUGCUACGAACAAUGGACAACGUCACUGUAUUCUUCGGUCUUCUUGUGCUGUUCAUAUUCAUUUUCAGUACUCUAGGAAUGGUGCUUUUUGGUUGCAAGUUUUGUAAUCAUCAUGAAACUGACUUGCAAUGCUCAACACAAGAAAUUCGCGCUGAAGAAUGUGAUUGUGACCGUACAAAUUUCGACUCAAUUUUUCAUGCCGUGACCACUGUUUUCCAGGUAGGAGUACUUUUGUCUCCAUUAAUCCUUGUAAAUAUGAGUGCGUCGUCUAUUACUUUCGUUGUAAUGCGUUUUAUUCUCACACAAGAAGAUUGGAAUAUGGUGUUAUUCAAUGGCAUGGCACAAACAAAUCCUUGGGCUGCACUUUACUUUGUAGCUCUGAUGACAUUCGGGAACUAUGUGCUGUUUAAUCUUCUUGUUGCCAUCUUGGUAGAAGGAUUUCAAGAGAGUAAAGAGGAGGAAAAGCGUCAGCAGGAAGAAGAUGCUAAGAAGAAGGCCCAGGAAGAGGAAGACGAGCGUAAGAAAGAACUGGAAUUGUUACUGGCUCGAUCUACCUCACCAGCAUUCCUUAAUGGUAAGCAAGGCAGUGCAGACUGUACGUGCAUACCGAAGUCUAAUAGCCCGUAUAACGAUGACAACGAGGUAAAUUGGCAGAUUUUGAAGUCCUCAUAUUUUUUCGAGAGAGCGUGGCUGCCGCCGCGCAUCUUCACCAGAAAAUUUUUUUGUCGCGCUCUUCCC